CCGAGUAUACAACAUUAUCAAGAAUUAACUACAUGAUUGCUUCACAAAAUUAACAAACGCAAGAUAUUUAUUUUACUAUUCGAAAUUCACUUAACCAACAAAUUAUUCACCUAACUAUACGGUGGGGACAAACAUUAGCUGUCUCGAGUUUUAAGGAACUUUAUCUCCGGACCCCCAAAACCAAACGUCUCCAAUCACAAAACGACACGUGUGAGCUUCAAACUAAAUAUCCGAGAAAAUUAAUAGGAUGUGAUGCAGAGAAUCCCACGGCUAUAUAACUCCAAGUUUCAUCACACACAUUUUGAAAAACCCCAAGAGUCAGUUCUCUUCUUCUUGUCCUAAUCCAAAACCUAAACUCACGCAAGAACUGGAUACUCUGGCGGAUUCAGAGACCAAGAACCGAGACGUGGUUCUGAAACUGUAUGACGCCCUGAGAUCCCGAGACGUUGACUCAGUGCACCGGAUCCUAACCCCUGAUCUCGACUACUGGUUUCACGGCCCUCCGCCGCACCAGUUUUUGAUGCGCACACUCACCGGCGUCUCUCCGCCGUUCAAGUUCUCGCCUCUCUCCGUCGUCACCUUCGGAUCCACCGUCAUAGCUGAGGGCUGCGACGUUGCUAGCUCCAUCUCCUGGAUCCACGCGUGGACCGUAGCGCAUGGGAUAGUCACACAGGUGAGGGAGUACUCGAACACUUCUCUCACGGUGACACGUGUCGGUGACGUUGUUGCUGGACGGUCUGCUGAGAUUGCGACGUCGCAUUGUCUAUCAGUGUGGGAAAGUCAGUUCUCGGGUCGGGCUGGUAAAUCCGUACCGGGUCUGGUUCUGGCGAUUUGAGGAUUUGGUUAAGUAACAGUCACGUCGGGGAAUAAUAAUAACUAAAUAAAGGCUGCUUACGUGUCGGUGUCUUGUUGGUUUGUUGUUUAUGGAUUGAAGGAUUUGUGCGGUUCAGACGCGGUGUGGGGUAGCGGCUAAAACGCCGCGUUUUUGCUGUCGCUAGUUUUUUUUGUUGGAUUUUUGUGUGUUUAGUGGGUACUACUCGCAUGGAGAAACCCAACUUGACUUGUGCGGUUGUGUCGGAUGUAGAAAUAAAAAUGUGCUUUCGGGAUCUUAUUAUAUUCGUUGGACGUUUUAUAACACGAGAAGUUUUUGCAUUUGAUUACAACAAAAAAAAAAUCAAAUUGAAAACUGCUUAUUUGGCCCACGUCUCUGAUUGCUGUGAUAUUUGUAUAAAAUUGUAUUAUGUUUGUGUUUAAAAAAAACUAUAAUUUUGUUUAGUUUGUAACGAGUUGAGUUUAUAAAGAUGCACAUUGUUCCUUCGAAC